AUGGGAGCUGCCAACGGUGUUGCCGCGGACUCCGGUGUGGCUGCUUCUCCCUGGAGCUAUUUGGCCUGUGAAACGCCAUGCUGCGAUCAGGAGCACAGCUUUCUGGUGGAAAACCGCAACGCCGCGCGCUUGGGACUCUCCAAUUUUGAACCUCCACAUGCCGAGAUGGACAUCAAAGACUUCAAGUCCAAAGGCUUCACACGCAUGGAGAUCGUUUGUGCUUCGGAACUGGACACCUAUCGCAUCAACCGAUGGGCCAAGGACGAGAGUGAUGCCGAGCUCGCCAAACAGAUGGAAGGCUUACCACCUGCCCUGACCUCGAUGAUGGCCUUGGCACCGCCGGAGGGGUACCUGGCGGAUGGCCCAGAUGGUCAGUUGGUCCGAGACUUUGGAGAUACCACCGAGUUGGUCGACUAUGACGCACCCAACCGCCAAGCAUCCACAGCUUUGGGAGUACCUGGCGCCAUCAAUGUGUCUCAACUGCCAGCAGCUGCGCUUUUGCACUGGACGCCAAGGUCAUUGGCAGAGAAAGCGCCCAUCUUGAAAGACGUUUGGGUGAAAAACAGAUCGGCCACGGAGAUCAGCACUCGAUUCACGUAUUGUGUCCCGAGCCGAACGCUCGGCCCACUAUUGCGUGAGAAGUUGAUAUCGCACGAGGUGAUGCAGAUCGGGACUGAAGAAAUGCUUAAGGCAUGCAUUCAGGACACCAAGAAGCGCUACUUCUACUCUGGCUUGGCCGAAGGUGCAGACGGGCUGGUGCAUUCAGAUGCCAAAAAGUUGGUCGAAAGCUUCCUCAGAGCAGUGGAAGGGGUUCGCUCAAAAGCUACAACGCCGCCGGCUUCGCCAGCUUCAACUUCGGAGGCAAGGGCCAAUGUAUGGAUAUCGUGCCCGUUCACAGGGGCAUCCACCCACUACGACAUGGGCUACAACAUUGUUUUGCAACUGUUUGGCACCAAGACCUUCGAGCUGUUACCUCCAGAAGCAUUCGUGGAGCUCAACAUACCUCCAACAGGCCACCCCUUUGCACGUCAGGUCAUGAAAGAAGGUCGCCACAACUUCUCGAGGUUCCACCUGAAAAGAGGCGAUGCGCUGUAUGUACCACCGCUUUGGGCGCACAGAACGACUACUGGCGAAGGAGCCGAGCAGGAAGUCUCUAUCUCUUUGAACAUUUUUAUCGGUUCUGCCGCGGAGGAUGUGGCUGAGCAGCUUAAUGCAUUAGCACUGCCUUUCGAGGCAUCCUGGCCAUCGAAUACCAUGCAGUUUGCUGUGGCACUCUACUUGAAGGCCUUUCUUGACGAGGCCCAAGUAGAUGCAAGAUACUUGGCCGCACGAUGGGCAUUGGUGGAGCUGAAGGAGGAGCUGCCAGCGAACUGCACUGCGGUGAUCCCACAGUCCGAAUCAAUCCUGAAGCGAGGGAGAGAUGCCGCACUGCUUUUGCAGGCCCUUCCGCGCAAACAUCGCGCACCGAUCGCACUGGAUUAUGCGGAUGAUGUGCUUCUGGGCGUGCUGGAGGCCAAAGUGAUUCACAGCGUCAUCCGGGAGAUCCUUGGACGAAAGACCUGA